AUGAAUUUACAGGAUAGUGAAAUAUCCUCCUGGAAGAAGGAGUUUUUAGACGAUCCGAAAAAUUCUUGGUUCUGCGAUGUCCCGGAUGAUUUUAUCAAAGAUAAAUUCAAUUUAUGGGGCUUAGAUACAAACCCACCUCCAAAUCUUAAAAAUAUUAUUUCCGGAAUAUCAAAAUCUGAUUACACACAUUACUUCACAAUAUGUACAAAUAUAAUUACUGGCCAGAAUAGCUUGGCAUCCGUUACUAAAUCUCUGCAAAAUAACGUUCUACGUGUUCUACCUUUCGUAUAUGGUAUGAUCCAUGCGAGAUUCGUUAUAACACCAGGUGGUAUAUCCCAAUUGUCGGAGAAGUUUUCCCGCCACACAUUUGGAGUUUGUCCUAGAAUUAACUGCGAAAGGGAGCCAUUACUACCAAUAGGCUCAUCAAGUACUCCUGGAGAAAGCAUGGUCAGUGGCUUUUGUCCUUGCUGCCGAAAAGUUUAUACACCUCGUCCAGUUAUUGAAAUAGAUGGCGCUUUCUUUGGGCCUAAUGCUGCUCACAUACUUGUUGACCACUUGAAAAUAUUGAAUUAUCAUAUGAAUUUCAGGCCAUUUGUACGCGAAGCGUGCGGCUUCAAGGUAUAUGAUGAGAAACAAUUCAAAGAGAAUAGACAAUAG